AGGCUCUUCUUCCCUCUUCUGCCACCGUAGACUUUUGACCAAUCACCGAUCAGGAUGAAUUGCACUACUGUACUGUCCGUAGCGCACCGCGAAUAUAAGUUUUCAAAAUGUAUCUUGGGUGUUUCAAACCUUUAAAAAUACAACGUAUCAAGCAUUUUUUUCUCCGGGUUAAAUUAUGUUAGGAUAUGCCCUUUGGAGGCAGAACUUCAACGCAACAAAGGUGGGUGGGGCUGCUGAAACUUCUUUUUCAGAUACGCCACUCCAGUAACGGUUUUGUUUUGGUUUCUUUUUCCUGUCGCAAUAAGGAUAAAGAGCGAUGGAGCUAUUUGUCUUGCUUCUCUUUUGCCAUGGUUUAUUUGCAGUGAAACACUCAGUGAUCCAUUUCAUCGCUAGAGUUCCAGAUGUCUCAGAGUUUUUUAGUAGAUCAGUGAUUGAUGGCAGUGAAGUGAUUUCCUGUGACGGCAGCAACAAGAUAUUAGAAAUAAGACAUGACUGGCUGAAGAAAAUACUGGAUAACAACCCUACACUUUCAGAAUCAUUCACUCAACAGUGUUUUGUGAUUGUACCAAACUUCUUCAGAGACCUGGCCUUUAGUUUGGAACAACAGUUUAACCAAAGUGACGGUGUCCAUAUUUUACAGAGUAUAAGUGGCUGUGAAUGGGAUGAAAACACUAAUGAGGUGAUUAGCUUCUUUAAGUAUGGUUAUAAUGGAGAAGAUUUCCUUAAACUUGAUCUGAAGACCCUGACAUGGAACGCACUGAAACCAGAGGCUGACAUUAUCAGACAGAGAUGGAAUGCUGAUACUGCUAGAAUGAAAAACAAUGAAAACAUCCUCACUCACAUUUGUCCAGAGCGGCUGAAGAUCUUUGUGGAAGCUGGAAAAAGUUCCUUGCAGAGAACAGUUUUUCCUUCAGUGUCUCUCCUCCAGAAGACUCCCUCCUCUCCAGUCAGCUGCCACGCUACAGGUUUCUAUCCUGACAGAGCUGAGAUGUUCUGGAGUAAAGAUGGAGAGCAGAUUCAUGAAGGUGUGGACCACAGAGAGAUCCUCCCCAACAAUGAUGAGACCUUCCAGAUGAGUGUUGAUCUGAAUGUUUCAUCAGUAACACCUGAAGAUUGGCAGAGGUACGACUGUGUGUUUCAGCUCUCUGGUGUGAACGAGGACAUGAUCACCAAACUGGACAAAACAGUGGUCAAGACCAACUGGGGCAAAAACAAAAAAAAUAAUAAUGAAGAGAGGGCCUCUGACAUAGUCAUCCCCAUCAUUGCUGCAGUGAUUCUUCUUGUUCUCAUCCUCUUUUCUGCUGUUGGUGUUGCUGUUUGCAAAAAGAAAAAAGAAAAACCUUCUGCACUUUCUUCUGGCAACAUAUCUGAACUUUCUGAGAGACUAAAUGGAGAUGCCACAUAAACAAGCAUAGCACCCUAUGGAUAUGUAUACACACUUUUAGCUUAACAAGUUAGAAGCAAAGAAGGCUGCUUGCCAUGUUAUCAUUCUUAUAACAGCAUUUUUUCUGACCAGCAUGUGAUACAGUUGUUACUGAAUAAGACAAACAUGAAUUUUUUUAUCUCCGUACUAAAAAAUUUCCAAACUGUAUAUUUUAGUCUUUGGGUGCUUAUGUGAAUCAUUUCAGUAUUUAGUUUUCAGUGUGGGCUUUAGAGGUCAAAACGAUGGAGCCCUCCUGGAAGUCAAUACUAUCCGUUCUCCUGCAUCAUUUAGAAACCUUGGUUAGUUUGAGGGUCAUUCCACCGAUUUGAGUGCCAUUUCCAAACAGUGGAAAUUAUAUUUAUAAUUUGCAUGAAGAUUAACUGUAAAAUGCAUUUUCUUAUUAAGCAAAAUGUCACACAUGUUGAUGUAAUUGCAAAUUUAAGAUAUAUAUGUUAUGAAGAACUAAUAAAAACUACUUUAAACACUGAAAAAAGCA